ACCGGCACCGAUCGGGAUCGGAAAUCAGGAAUUACAAAACCCAGACACGAGUUUAUCAAAAAUAUAGAAAAUUUAGAAAGACCUUGGAUUCCAUGAUUUGUUAGCGAUUGUUUCAGCUUUCCAUAAUGAAGUUGUUUGGAAGGCAGAGCUUUUUCCAUGGGAAAUCUCUAAUGGAACUAACAGCUCAACUGAAGAAUCCAAAAGGCAGGGUUGUCACGCGGUUAGCUUUUGAAAGAUACCCAGAAAAGAGCUACUACAUUUUGUCCCAUGUUGAGCAUGGAUAUCAUAAAGGAAAUCUGACAGGCUAUGCGUGGGGCACAAGAGUGUUUCGAGGGUACACGUUUCCUGGAGUCAGAAGAAUUGAUUCUGGAGGAAAAAGGGAUUGGCAUUUGAUUCCAAAAGAGGAUGAAGAAGAAUUCUGUAAAAUUGACAAAGUUUACAAACCAAAUUUUACUCCAGAGAAAAUUGAUACCCAAUUACCUCCCUUGAUGGAAAUUGUGCUAAAAAGGAACUUGAAGCAAAGAAAUGUGGCCUUUGAGGGCACCCCAAAUUUAGAAGGGUUUUAUGACUUCAAUUCUAAGGAUGAAACAAAAAGGGGUUUGUACUUUAAUUCACUCAAAGAUAGUGAAUCACAGUCUGUGUAAAUGAUGUUGCAUUUAAAAAGGAUUGUGUGAGAUAUUUUUAGUAUGGAGUAUGUGUGUGUUGUUUACAAACUUUAUGAGUAAUCUGUUAUACUGUAAGAGUUGUCUCUCUUUACAUGUCAUUGUAUUACUAAAAGUAUCGUAAGAAAUAAAAUAAACAUUUAAAAUAUCA